AUGGGAAAGUGGGGUAUUGAGGGAUGGGAGUGGAGGUUUAUUUGGAGAAGGGAUUUAUUUGAGUGGGAAAAGGAACUUAUACAAGUUUUAUUGCAGGAACUCUCCUUAAUACAAAUGAACAAAGAUGCAAAGGAUAGAUGGGUUUGGCUACAAGAACCUCAUGGCUGCUACACAGUGAGAUCUGCCUAUGGAACACAACUGUCAAGGCGUGAGACUGCUGAUGGACAGUUCUAUAAGGCGAUUUGGUCAAGCCCGGUACCGUCGAAAGUGGCUGGGUUAGCAUGGAAGGUGGCACUCCAGAGAUUGCCGACAAUUGAUAACCUUGCAAAGAGAGGCGUAACUGUUAAUCUAAAUGGUCAAGGAAGCUGCGCAUUCUGUAGAAGGCAUGAUGAAGAUAAUUCCCAUGUCAUCUUUACAUGUAGCUUCUCAUAUGGGAUUUGGAUGGCAUGCUAUAACUGGCUGAAAGUACAGACUGCUCUUCCAAUGGAUUGUAUAACACAUUUUGAGCAUCAUGGAAUGUGGGGAGUAGGGGGAAACCGAAAGACAAAAUGGCGAGUUAUCUAG